UGAUCGUUAACCAACGUCAACCAACGUCAAAAUCCCAACUGAAAACCAGUAAAUUCUGGGAAUUUCUUUAUUUCGAACUAAAAACGGUCAAUUCCUUUGUGGUAUUUUAAUUUCAGUUAUAUUUGCAGCCAAUAUUCAACGGAACCGUCGAGAAAUUCACAGCCUUCGUUCAGUAUACUAUCGUUUUCGUUCACCGUUACAUUCAGGAAUUCUUGAAUGAACUAGUGCAGUGUUUAAAGGUCAUAUUUUUACUGAUCAUUUGGUUGUAUCGUGACGUAAAUUUGCCUUUUAUCAGUUGAAAAUUACUAUUAUUCGUCGCCUGAGGUUUUCAUGGAUUUCCAACCUAAUGACGCAAAGUCUGAUGUGACGUACAGUUCCUUUAUUAAAUAAAAAUAGCAGUUCAGUAGAUCAAUUAGUAUAAUGACCCCACCAAAUACCAAUGCAGAACAACAGGAGAUUCGCAAAAAGACUCCUUCGGAUUUCAUAUUUGGAAAAGUUAUUGGGGAAGGUAGCUUUAGCACUGUUUAUUUAGCAAAGGAUGUACAGACUAACAAAGAAUAUGCCAUCAAAGUUCUUGAAAAGGCCCAUAUUAUUCGAGAGAAGAAAUCGGAGUAUGUUAUGCGUGAAAAAGAAGUUCUGAGAAUAUUAGAAAGCUUGUGUCCAUAUAUUGUUCAUUUAUACAGUACUUUUCAAGAUCCUGGAAGGUUGUACUUUGUUUUAACUUAUGCCAAAAAUGGGGAACUGCUAAAACAUAUUAAUCUAUAUAAAAAGUUCAAUUUUGAAUGUACCAGGUAUUACAGUUGCGAGCUGGUCCUUGCACUCGAAUAUCUACGUUCAAAGAAAAUCGUGCACAGAGACUUAAAACCGGAAAAUAUUUUGUUCGAUCACAAUUUCCAUAUAUUGAUCACUGAUUUUGGCAGUGCCAAAAUUGAGAAAUCUGAAGAUAAUGAUAUUAAUGAUGGUACCGAAGAUGAUGAUGUUCAACAAUCCAACAGGAGAAGGAAUAGUUUUGUUGGAACUGCCCAAUUUGUUAGUCCUGAAAUGUUACAAGAAUCUAAAUCGUCAUAUGCUUCAGAUUUAUGGGCCUUAGGAUGCAUAGUGUUUCAAAUGGCUUCCGGACAAAUGCCAUUUGUCGGUGGCAGCGAAUAUCUUAUUUUCCAAAAAAUUUUACGUCUGGAAUACAAAUUCCCGGACGGUUUUGACGAGAGAAUAAAAGACUUCAUAGAAAAAUUACUAGUUUUAGAGCCAACCCGUCGUUUAGGGGCGUCCGAUGAGACUACUUAUGUCAGUUUGAGGAAGCACGAGUUCUUCGAAGAAGUCGACUUCGAUGACCUGGGGCCUCCGCCUAAACUCUCCGACGUAGAGUACAUUUGCGACCGUAGCAAUAGCAUCAGUAUCAUGCCGGAUAAGGAGCCGGGUCUGGAUCCAAUAAAAGCCUCAAAAUUAGCUAUAGAAAAUAUACUGCCAGUUUCUAGUACCGUAGCUCCUCCGACGCGCAAAAAAUCCGAAACCGAUCGGAAAAUUACCGACAUCUCGGCCGAAGAUGUCGAAGAUAGACUGUUACGUCAGGAGGGCAAUCCCUUCCACGAAUUUGCCGAGGGAAAUCUCAUACUUAAACAGGGUCUAAUAGAUAAACGUAAGGGAAUAUUUCCCAGACGGAGAAUGUUCUUGCUCACUUUAGGGCCCCAUUUGUAUUACGUAGAUCCGGUGACGAUGACGUACAAAGGGGAAGUACCGUGGAGUAAGGAAUUGAGGGCGGAGGCCAAGAACUUUAAGACUUUUUUCGUUCAUACUCCUAAUCGUAAAUAUUACUUGGAGGACCCCACAGGAUACGCCCCUGAAUGGGUGAAGGCUAUAGAACAAGUUAAAGAAUAUUAUUUCCCAGAGCAGGACUCUGUGGAAACUAACUAAUUAGUAAAAUUAAAUUCUAGCUCCGAAAAUUUAACGUAAUUUUUUUUGUUGAUAUAAUACAUAGGCUAUUUAUUUAUUUUUUUCCUUGAAUCACGAGUCUCCUCUAUUAUUAAAUUAUGUAUGAUCGAAAAAUAAAUUCAGCUGGUUCUGAAAUAUCGAUAGAUAAAUAAUGUUAAUUUUUAUCUGCAUUUAAUAACGCGUUUUUUUUGUAAUCUUCAUUGAUAAAAUACAUUCACCAGCAUGAAAAACGGGCACCUUAAAUUUUUCAUGUAUUUUAAAGCUCUAUAUUGUAUAAGUAAGUAUAUAUUU